GUGACGAAUAUGACCACUAACUUUUUAGAGACGUGAAAAAUGAGACACGACGCCACAACUUAACGAGCACAGCAUCAUAAUAUUUUCAUCAUUUCAUCUGAAACGGCGACCACUGCCGAGCUAAACAAAAAUGGGCCAUUCGUAUUCGUCGCAACGCUGGUCGUUUUUCGAUUACCUUUCGAGUGCUGGCAUUAUGAAACCUCCCUUGUCAUGCAUUGGCUGGGCCAAGGCCUUUAUAAUGAAACUUCUUGAUCAAGGCCUUUGCAAUGAAGAAACUCGGAUCGUCUUCUCUGUUCGCGUGAGUGCAAUUAGGACUAAAUCUAAAAAAAGAGUCGUGUCAUUAGUUAGGUCUUAGGGGAAGAAGAUCUAGUAGUACUGAUCCUCUACCUCUAAUCUCCGUUGUUGUCAAGCAGAGUUUGCUGGAGCUAGAGCCCUUGGGGUUCCGUUGGAUCCGCUAAAAUGGGAUACCGGAGACCUUCACCGCGCAGCGAGAGCGUUGUUUUAUAGACACGACACGUUAUGGCUGAGAAGUAUUUUAUUCUAUUCUCACUCGUCUAUAGCCUCGAGCGCUCAUCUCCUCGUAGCCUGACCCUACGCCCGGGCCCACGUCUAUCCUAUCCUAGCCACCUAAUCCAAUAUCUCCCCUCGUUCCUCCUGUAGAAUCUCCUGGUUCCUCCUGUAGAAUCUCCUGGUUCCUCCUGUAGAAUCUCCUCGUUCUCCUUUCGUAACUUCUGCUUUUCCCUUCUGCACAGAAGGUUUUUCCUUUUCCGCAGGAGGCUAAAUAAUUCCCGAAUUUCAGGGAAAAGUUGACUUUGGAGAUUUGUUAUGUGUCUACUUCUGCAAUUUGUCCAUUCAUAAUUUUAAUCUAUUCUGAGUCUUCUAUAGCUUCGAGCGCUCAUCCUCUAGAAUUACCCAAGUAUCUGAAUCUGCUUCGAAUGAUCCAUUUUUUGCGUUGGAAAAAGAAUGCGGUGCCCGUUCUUGAUUGAGCUGGGUAUCUCAUGCUCAGCAUCCGCAUGCGCUAAAUCAAGACGACUUAGGCAAAUUAUCCGUGGAGGAUUUGUAUGAGCUCUUUUACGAAUGCAGCUGCGAUUUGGCUGACUUCCGUCAUUUGCCAGGGCAAGAUGAAGUCCGGUCUCUCGUUCAAAAAGCUUUGGAUUAUGGACGAGGUCUACUAUGUCUAGUAGUUGGAUUACUGACGAUGUAUUCGUAUAAUUUGUAGUUUUUUUGGAUUAUGGAGGUAACAUGUAUGUAAUGGCGUUUCUACUAUUCUGCCCUAACUACCGGAGAAACGGACGAGCCUCGGACUGGGACUGCUGCAGGUUAUGAACUAAAUGGAAGUAGAAGAAUCUUAACAGCUUCAGCUUCAGCAUCAGAGAAAUUCGAAGAACACAGAAGAGACUCAGGGAAGCCGUAGGCCAGUCCGAAUCGACUAGCGUCAUCAGAUGAGUCCUGCGCUUUCCUUUCUACUUGUUAAUCUCGAGAUUCUUGGACAAGGAGAUCCUAUAACUCUAAUGCGAGGAACGCUGCGAAAAAGUGUAUUACUUUCGACGAGUUCUUUGUCAUUUUCGAGUUCGUCUUUUCGCAUCUCAGGUUAUGGAAGGUCGACACAUCAUUGAAAAUAACUUAGAAUUCUAAAUGUAGGUGAAUUUGUCUAUUAAUUAUAGUAGUCAAAUAGUACUAAAAACCUAUAAAUAGUCUUAGUCCUGAUCUUUUUCCCGUUUAUUCAGCAAUUGCCUUUAUCAUCUUGAAAUGCAAAUAGUCUCUCUUCUUGAAAUAAAGUAGAAGAGCCACCUCAACUGGUGCCUUUUCUAACCUCAGAUCAAGGUCUGAAGAAGCAUUUUGCGAUUGAGGCAUUGGGAGAAGCGGUAGCCGAAGAGCUAGUGGGGGAACGCCACUGCCUUAUAGUGUCGUUAGACUAUAGGUACAACAAUUAUGACACAAGAAUGACAAAUCGUUGGAUUGUAGGCUUGAGAACUAUGACACAAGGACUAGGACUAUAGGAGGUACAAUAAUUAUUACUAGAGCUACAACAAUUUUGCUUUGUUUUCCCUUUUUUCGUCACUUCCUAGUUAGGUUGGCUCCACCACUACUAUAGGCAGAACAAUUAUUUCAAGUUAAGCUGAGAUGGAAUAGAAGCUGACUAAAUCCGCUAUUGUCAAGAAGAAGAAUGACAAUGAUGCGUACGGACACCGAUUUGUGCGAUAACCUGUAAUUAUGGUUUAAGCAUUGAUGUUCUUGCGCGUUGCUAAGUGAAUUGCACCAUGCUCAGUCGUAGUGCUCCGACAAUAUCAAUCGCGUAGCAGAGAUACGAUAGCGCACAUGACCACUGCUUUCUUCUAAGCUCGACCUUUGGAGCUUACUGCAACGCAUGACGGGCUGAAAAUCGAACGGCUGGCCCGUAACGCUGGAAUCAGUGACGUGGUCACAAUGUUUGAUACAGAUUUAUGGCACACAGUUUUGCUUAUGCCGGACGACCUUUUUUCGAUGACGCGCAUCUUUGGAGUUUCGGUAUGAAUAUUAUGCGUUUGUUCCCACGAUUCACUCUGCCCUUCUAGAACUAGGUGACCUUCUGGCAGGAGCCCAUCUAACUCUAAUUCUCCCAAACAUGGACUUUACUCUGGUAUCCUUUUCCUGUUCCCAUGGGCAUAAAUAAACUCCUAGAGGAGCACGACACACGUUCGGCCAAGCUUCCCUCGGGCUAGCGCAUGGGUGCAAGGAAGGACGCCCCACGAGCCCCACGCUCUUUGUCCUCUGCUACUCGGUGGCGAUGCGAUAUCUUAGGCUUCUACUUGCUCGAACCGAGGUCGAUACUGGCGUGACGCUAUUCGCUGAGGAAGGCAGUUGGGCCCCACACAGAAGCACCAAGAUAAAAAGAGCAACUUUCACGGAACCGAGGCUAGAUGGUGCGGCAGCUGCUGCACGCGAAGGGGUGACAGAGGACAGCAUCAGCAUGAUUCUAUUUGCAGACGACACCACACUGCUAGAGCAGACGACGGACGAGCAGGCCACCACGUUAGAAGUGAGCAUCAAGAGAGCAAAGGGCGCUAAGCUCCCCCCGCCGCACACGCCGAUGACCAAGGUGUUGGGAAAAGCCUUGCAAGACUCGGGCAUGCGGGAAAAUGUCUACAAGCGCGCAGUCGCCGACAUACUUACCAUCGAUGAAAAAAGCCUGGGCGUGUUCACCUCCUCCCCCAGCGACGUAGCGCACAAGGUGGCAAAGGCGUGGAAAGCUCUGCUUGGGCUCAGGUCGAAGAUGUGAGACUUUAUAUUCGCUGGCAGUUCUCCAAGCAUAGCCUCUAGCGGGUUAUUGUUUGAUAGAACUCCUUUGCUCGCGGCUCAAGCUCUCCGGUCGAACUACAGUCGAAAUAUAGGCAAUUCGCGACUUAAUAGGAUGGCUAAGGCGUAAACAAACUGCAGGGGGGUGUGUCAACAUACUGACGUAUAGCCGUGAUUUUAGGACGUAUAUUCAUGACUUUAUCCCUAAGACUUUAUCACCUAUGCAACUUAAAUCAAACUUGCGGAGCUGAUGACUACUAAACUCCCGCACCCCCCGCCCGUUGGUGCGAGAAUUAUCUUAGCCUACGAAAGGUUCUAAUUAGUUUUACUCUGUGACAAGGCUAGUCAUACUCGUACAGAGGACGUAUCUAGAUCUAGGCCAGACCCUACUCAGAUCGUAUUCUAGAACCGUGACUACAUCGGCCUCGUCUUCGCCGCACUGUAGAACCGUCUACAGCUUGGGGCGAUUACUCGACAUCUAGAGAUCGCCCUAGAGAUCGCGGAGUGAGUACCUACCAGACUAGAGAGCUCAGGAGGCGAGAGAGCAAAAGGUCAUCCCAUUCCAAAUGGUGUCAGCAUCCAAAUGGUGCCAAAAUAGAAAAAGUUUUCAAGAUCCAAGAUCUGCGACAGGAGUUCCAGAUCUUUACUGAGAAAGCCCGAUCGAAAUAAUCAAGAAUAGUUACUAUCUUAUCGAGCAAAAGGAGGCGCGAGAUCGCUCCACUAAGUAAGUAGCAUUCGUUUGAUCUUACAAGGGAAAUCGCAUUUGAUCUCGCGCCUAUUCGUUCAUGGUGAUGCCAUGACUCAAAGGUCGACACUUGACUCAUUUAAUAUCUUUCGGAGGUGACUGAGCACGCAAAUGGUAUACAACUCCGGAUCAUGCGCUAUCAUGUGAGUAGAAGGGUAUCGGACUGAUCAUUUAAGAUAAAGGGCUACGCGUUUUAUCCUCAUCAUUAGAUUAGGCAUCUGCUCAAGACUUCUUCGUAUUGAUCAAGACGGACGGAGACAGGAAAUGUCGCGUAGUCAUCCGCUUAUAGCGUUUGACUUCACAGGUCGACUGUGUGUUGGAAGUACCCAGUCGCAAUCCAUAAGUGAUAAGUGCAUUUGAGUUCGCAUUUGUUUGAACCAUUUGGCUUCGCAUUUGUUUGAGCCUUCGCAUUUGUUUGGAUCAUUUGGCGCCGCAUUUGUUUGAAUCAUUUGGCUUCGCAUGUGGUUGAUUGUGUAUUGGAGUGCCCAGCCACAAUCCUAUCCAUAAGCACAUAUACAGGUCUACGCAUUUUAUCCUCGUCACUUUGUUUUCGCAUUGAUCAAGACUUUCAAGGUUUCGGGUUGUAAUCAGGUCAUCCGCCUAUAGCGUUUGACUUCUCAUUUGUGUCGAUUGUGUAUCUAUUGGUAAGACCCGCCGCAGUCCGGCAGUGCAUUUAUUUGCGACAUUUAUCGGACGAGAAACCUUUUGGAGAUGCCUUUGCGCUACAUUUGUUGCUAUUGAAUAUUUGUGCCGGCAAUAGCCAUACUUUACAAGACGCGAGAUAUGCACCUCUCUAGGUAGUGUUGCCUAUUAGGGACUCACCCCCCAUUUUAGUUGCUUUAGUUGUGUGUUCUUAAUUGGUUCAGAUGACUGGGCUAGCAGGAGUAGAAGCGGCACGUAGAGGCACUCUCGUCUUGGUUGUGGUUAGGAGCGUCCUCUCUUAUGGCUUACAGGCGAGGCAUGUAUCAAGCGAAGAGACCGCCACACUUGCAGCGGCGGGAGUGGAAAUGGCCGCUAUUCUGCUGGGAGUACCGACGUGGAAGAUAUGGCGCAGGGUGGUGUCGAGCGCGGAGCUACUUUCGUGGGCAAAAGUCCCUCCCUUCGCCGAACAUGUGCAAUAUCUAAGGGCGAAGCACUUCGCGCACCUAAUGAGGCAAAAAGGAAACUCCCUCGACAGGCGGGCGGUAAGCGGCGUCUUUCUUCCUGACAAGAUCAACGAAGACGACGGAGGGCAGAUAUGCCUGCAAUCUGCCUCAACCGACAAGACCACUGAAACGGACGAUCGGCGCAUCGGAUCGCUUGCGACUGACGUAAAAGAGGAGCUCGUUGCUGUCUUCGAAUGGAAAUUAGGAUAUGCGCUGUCUCUCAUGAAGCCGCUCGACGUUGGUCAAGAAAGGGAAUACGCAACCAGAAAACUCGCAUGCCACGAAAUUACCCGAAGCCUCUUAAUGAUGAAAACGGUAGAAAAAUGGGAGGCCGAUCCUGAAAUAGAUCCUGCGCCGGAGUAUGGAAAUCUCGAGUGCAAGCGUUUCCACUUGAACAAGUCAGGCCCACGACCACUAGAGCAGAGCGAAGUGAUGAGAAGGGGCGAAGUGAUCAGUUAUUACUCAUCUCGUGAUGGCGUAAUUGUAUCGACAAGGACACCCGAACAAGCAGGCCCUUCACCCCUAACGGACAACACGCGCGCAUCACGUCAGAAUAAAAGCCGAGCACUACAAGGAGUCAGGAAGGGCGUGGAAAUAAUGCACAGGCAACACCUUCCUGCGCAAUUGCAUCCAUAUGGAGGAGGAGAAAUUUUAUUGCCGGAAUCGAGAGGAAUCGUCAUUGAUGCGCUUACCACCGGAGAAGGGAAAUUUGCUCUAGUUGAUGCACAAGGCUCCUCAAAACCGUUUCGAGAUGUGCUUAGCAUAAAAGUCGACACACCCUCUAGGGCAUACCUUGUUAGAACGCCCAAUGGAGCAGGAAAUCGGCAGCCGGAUCUGAAAGAGCUGAAGGAGUGGCUCGCUGAUGUCACCCUAGCUGCCCAUGAAUCUGCGACGGGGCUACAAUGCAGAACCAUACCCAGACUACUGCUGCCAGGAGGAAAAACCACUAGGAUUACGUGGCCAGGCAAGGAGGCUCUAUUGCUACUUGCCCCAUGCAAAGGAAUUUCUCUCGAAGAAGUCGAAGCAGAGAGAUCCCACUUCGCGAACGGGGCCUGCGCUGCAUGUGGAUGGCAUCUUCCUGAGGCAGAGCCGUGGAUGCAGAACACUGUAAGCCAGGCAGGACAACUCUUAUGCCAGCACAUUGAAGAGCAUCAUCCGCGUCACGAGCUCCCCUCUACGGUAUUAGGCGACAGGCUCGAAGCGCUUGCGAAAGGAGAGCAGAUGAUAAGGUAUGCCGCCCUUAAGUCCGCGGCCAAAGCUGGCCGGCUAGGAUUCUUCAGGCGCUUAGCAUCGGUAGGCCCGAGGAGACCGGGCUGGAAAAGACAUGCAGAGCGCUAUCGCUGCAGAUUUUGCGGCUUGACCUUCCAGACAAACCUGGGCGCCAUGAAGAAACACGGCAAAGCACACAGGAGCAAGGAGCUGAUCAAGGUGGCCAAGUUGAUCAUUAAGAAAGGGAGAGGGACCGCAAGCCCGGCGCUUGGAGCUGUACGCAAUGCAUGGAGACCAGAAGGGCGUCUGCUUUCCAAAUCCACCACCGCAGCAGCAUUCGGACCAGACGCACGCCUCACCAGAAUCCUGACCCCAAAGUGUGCCUGGACAGAUCACAACGAGAAGACCGCCAUCAAAUGUCGAAGAUGUGACAAAUGGGAGACGAGCUUCGAUCCAAAAACGAUGACGCUUCGCAUGCUAUCAAAAAGAACUGACAUCUUUCGCAAGCACGAGAACAAAUGCAAAGGGAGAGCAAAAGAAGCAAAAAGAGCAAAAAAGUAGUAGAAGAAAAAAGAAAAGUGAUCAAAGGUCACAAAGGAACAGAUUGAAUUAAAGUGCUUCAAGGAAGGCAAUGCAGACACCUCUUGCUAGGCACAUUCAUUCAUUCAUUGCCGUUCACAGUCUAACAAGUGUCGAUCUAGGCGACAAAAGAUUUCCGCAUGUUCGAAACGUAAGGCGGGAAAUAAAGCAGAUGGGAGGUCGAUGCGUUAGUGGUAAUGUGCUGCUUUGUUCUUAUAUUUUCAAAUAUGCUGCUGAGACCUUAUUUUCAAAAGACGAGGAUUACUCCUUCCGAAGGGUCUUUUUUCUUUUUGCUAAUACCCCUCUCCAUAAAAUUCAGGCGACGUCUUCAUCUUUUUCUACUCCGGUCAUGGCUUAAACGUACCUUAUGAUUGAAGACGUAGUCUACCAAGACGAGGAUAAUGAAACAACAUAGAGAUCUUCCUCAUCUAGUACUCAACACACGUUGUAUGGCUCAAUCGAUAGGACGAUGAAUAAACAAAAUAGAGAUCUUCUUCAUCUAGUCACUAGUGUUCAAUACUCUAGUAGAGUCCUCUAGUGAACAACAACCCCGCAAACAACAACCCCGUGAACAAAGAUAUAAACCCCACCCCUGCUCAAGCACGAUGUACCCCUAGAAUGGGUUUACUACUACUACUACUACUACUGCUACUUAUAAGUAUCACUCUAGUAUAGUCCUCUAGUACUUAUAAGUAUACUUAAACCGAUACAUCGGAUGAAACAACAUAGAGAUCUUUCUUCAUCUAGUCUACUCAACACAUGUAUGGCUCUUCUAAUCUUCCGAUAAAGACGGUGAUGAGGCUGAUGGAGAAGAUGAGGCGUUCGCCACGCCAGAUCGCGAAGGCGAUUUAACAGAGGAUGACGUUUUUAUAGACGACGACUUCGUUAAGGCAACAACUGUCUCGGCGUAACCUCAUCAAACUCCACGCUAGUUCUGCCUUCAUCAUGAGCUGCACGCUAGUCCAUUUACAUGUACUUAAAUACUUUUACGUGUUGUCGGGAGGGACUAGAAUUUUGAGUCAUGGAGUCCUGAAGAUACCUUUGGAGGAGUUUAAGUUGACCGAUUCGACGAAGGGGCCACACACCAGAAAAAUCUGCACGCAAGUCAACAAACAAUGAAGUUGUCUGGACGAGCAUGAGUUCAAAAACUAGCUCUUCUAAUCUACACCGUCUACUAGAACGGCAGGCUUAAUGCUCCACUACUUAUCUCUACUACUUCUAAUCUAGUAACCCGUCUGUUAGAACGAACAAGUUGUACAACGGCAGGUUUCGUGUUCCACUACUUAUCUCUACUACUUCGUAUCUUGUUCCACUACCUAGCUCUUCUAAUCUACACCGUCUCGUAGAACGCUCUAGCAGUCUCUUCUAAUCUACCGCGUCUCCUAGAACGCUCUAUCCCGGCAGGUGUGAAGAUUUUAGUGAUAACAGACUGUUGCCACUCUGGUAGCAUCUGCGACAUCGAUUCGUUUGCGCACAGCCAUGAAAUCAUUGCAGUAGCAGCUGCCCAAGACGAUCAGACAAGCAUCGAUAUGGCGAGUCUGGGGGGACAAGGUAUUAUUUUUGCUAUAUGAUAUCAAGGAAUACCAGAAAUAUUUAUACAACCUGCUCCUACAAUCUAGUCCGUUCAUUAUUAUCAUCCUCAUCAUCAUCAUCAUCAUCAUCGUCGUCGCUAUCUAGUUACUUAGGUUGAUGCUCUUAUAUCAGCUGAUGUUCUGUUGUUAUGUAGUUAGUUGAGUAGCCGUAGCAGUAGCUUAUUCUUAUUUGUCAGUCACCUCAGGUGGCAUCCUCACGAACGCUCUGGCCGAAGCUGUCUUCGAAUUGCAGCAUGAGAGGCACGUUUCAGUAGCGGACGUGUACAAUCUUAGUAUUGUUAAGGCCACAAGAAAUUUCUUGAAGAAGACGAAUUCCAUGGUGGAAGAUGAGAGGAGAUAAGAAGAUGUAACACAAGUCUCGAGAAAAUGUUCCUCAGCGUCUAUCAAUCUUGGUCUUGUUUUUAAAGGGAACCUGGAGAUGGAUUCCUCUUAGAAGUUCUAACAUCGGAAAAACAGCAGCGAUUGCACAGAAACUUCACCAUGUGCAUUAUGGGAGAAGAUGUGUCACUGAAAAAGAGCAUGUUGAAACUGAAAGCACUUACUUAUACUUUAUCGAGGUCGUUUCCCACAAGCAUCGAUGUAAAAAUUGUACGAAUCAUAAGAAGGGACUUCUCAUCGCGUAUGAGAAAGAGUGCGUUAUUUAGUGAAAUCGUCGGUCUCUAUUGAGAUUGACGGAGGAUCUAAUUUGAACAAGAAAACCGCAAAAAGUAAAAGGCUCUACUAUACUUACCUAUGUUGAUGUAUAGUAUCUAAAUCUAUACUACUACAAAUUAUACAACACAAUGUGAAUGUUUCUUGUUGCACCUACUUACUACAAUCUUCAUUAUUUUUUCCAGUUAGACUGGCACUGGCUCCAUCACUUUAUUUGUUACUACAAUAUUUUUCUAACAAGCGGCAAUGAAUAUUCAGUGUGCAAAUUGUCACGCUGGUGAAUUUCCUUGGCCUCUGAGGAAAUCUUACCUCAGCCGACAGGCCUCGGUGGAUGCAGUACGACGUGCGGGCGCCUUAAGUGUGGGGAAUGGCGUUAUGAGCAAAGUCGCAUGUCAAUAUGACCAAAGUAAGUCGCCUCUGUUACUUUCGCCUUGUUUCCUGAUUAAGCUUACUAAGGUCACACCUAGUACAGCUCGCUGAACAAGUAAGUUGUGAUUUUUAUAGAAGAUUCAGAGGAGCUACAAGUAGAAUAUUGGAUCAAAAAAAACAGUUUCAUUUACUCGAGACCGGGCGAUGGCAUGAGGGGAGGUUGGACUGGAGCGAUGGGGGCGUAAAGAGGAUGCGUUAAGUGAGGACUAGGAUUUUUCUACAUGAACAUUUUCAACAUUCUUCAAAACUCCAUAUUCAGGUUUUUAUGUAGCUAUGCUCAUGCGGGGAAUACAAACAGAAACAUGCACAGUUGUUGGAUCGGUCUUUUGAUAUGCACAAAUCAUGACUGAAAGACGAUGAAGACACAACUCACACUUCUCAGUUGUACUUACUACAUGGUGAACUUCUCAGUUGUACUCACCAUAUUAAUUUAUGCAUGAUGAACAUGAAGAAAAGUUGUCGUGAGUGCAUAAAAUGUCAACCGUUUUUUUGUAUUAUGCGAAGGAAAAUACCAAUCUUCAUAUUCAGGCUUUGCCAUGAAAUGUCAGUUGCUCAAGGAGAGACGUCACGGUCACAAACGACAAAUGAAGAAGGACAUUAGAAGCAGAGCAAGUCUCUCAUGAACACACUAGAAGGCUCUCACGACCUUCCCUCC